UGAUAAGUGAUGGCGAGCUUGCAGCAUCUCACGUCGCCCACAUCACAUCCAUGCCGUUCAUCCUCUCGCCGGACCCGGCGCGCCGCCCGCGCGUGCUGAUCAUCAACCCGAAUGCGACGGAGGCCUUCACGGAGGGAAUCCGGGGCACGCUACGCGCGGACGUCGAGCUCGACUUCUACACUGCGCCUGCGGCGCACGCGCCCGCGUCUAUCGAGAGCGCGACGGACGAGAUCGUGUCCGCCGCCGCGUGCCUCUCCGAGCUGCGCGCGCACGUCGACAAGUGGGACGGGUUCGUCGUCGCGUGCUUCUCGGCGCACCCGCUCGUGCCGGCGCUGCGCGAGCUGUCGGCUGCGCCCGCUGUCGGCAUCCUCGAAGCCUCCUUGCUGAUGGGCAGCACGCUCGGGGGGCGCGUGGGUAUCCUCACGACGUCGCCGCGGUGGGAGCCGCUUCUCGAGGGCGAGAUUGCUGCGCUCGGGCUGGCGGGCAAGAACGCCGCGGGCGUCGUGUCUUCCGGCCUGGCCGUGCUCGACCUCGAGGAGCUGCCGCGCGCAUCCGUCAUCAAGGUGCUGUGUACCGCCGCCGCGGACGUGCUCCAGGACCGCAGGGGCGCAGACGUCAUCGUCCUUGGAUGCGCGGGGAUGGCGGGGCUCGAGGACGCCGUCGGCGAGGCGUGCCAGCCCGGCCUGGUCGUGCUGGAUCCCGUGCGGUGCGGGCUGGAGAUGUGUCUCGGUCUCAUUAGGAUGGGCGCGCGGACGAGCAAGGUCGGGCUGUAUGCGCCGGCGUAGCGAGGUAGGCGACGGGUGGAGAGUUCAGUGCGGUGGGAGAGUCGGUUGUAGUUGUUCUAAGGGCUGUCAUGAACUUUGGGUGCGUG